AUGAGCAGGCUGAUAGUAGAUUUAAAAUGCCUGAAGAAUAAAACAACAAGGAAGUAUAAUAAUUUGGGUAAUGUUGACGAUGGAAACGGAAAGAAGCUAGGUAGUAUUCAUCGAUCCGAAAGAUUUAGAACUGUUGUUCGCUUAGUGGAUUUCUUGUUCUGUGAGUCUAGUACAGACCGUUUUGAAGGAUUUUUCUGCAAAAUGGUAGUGAGGAAUCUUCAUUGUCUCAAUAUCACAAAUGGAGAAGAAGAAAUGUGUUUUUACAUGAGUGAAGGAUUGUUUUCAGCCCAUAAAGAUGAUAUCAUGUUGAUAAGUGGGCAAGUGCUAGAUGUUCGCAUUGGUUUAUGGUAUGGAAUGUACCAAAGUUUGCCAAUUUUUGAAAUUAUUGAUUUCAAGAUCCUAUCCAAAAAUGACGUUCGCGACUUCUGUGAAUUUGUCAGAUCACCAAUUGGAGAGAAAUUUCUGGACAUGUCCAAUUCUUGA